AUUUCGCAUAAAGAGAAAAAGUGAAAAAAACCUGGUAUUAUAAAAGGAAUAAUAAUAAUUAUAGGCUUUAUCGGAGUUUGCAAAUGAGGUGGAUCCAUCACUGAUUCGAAUAACAGAAAUUAUUGGAAGUGGUGAAUUUGGUGAAGUAUGUAAAGGCGUGCUUCAGUCUAAUGUUCGCUUAAAUGCCUAUGAUCUUCCUGAGGUUCAAACAGUAGCUAUUAAAACUCUUAAACCAGGAAGUAGUGAUAAAGCCAAAGGAGAUUUUUUAAUGGAAGCUUCAAUUAUGGGCCAAUUCGAUCAUGAAAAUGUCGUUAAGCUAGUUGGUGUAAUAACGAAGAGUGAACCGGUGAUGAUCGUAACCGAAUAUUUGGAAAAUGGUUCGCUUGAUCAGUUUCUUCGUAAGCAUGAUGAUGGUCUUAUCGGUGUUUUACAGACUAUUAAUAUGCUAAGGGAUAUAAGCGCUGGUAUGAAAUAUCUCACCGAAAAAGGUUACGUUCAUCGAGAUCUGGCUGCUCGAAAUAUUCUCUUAAAUGCGCAAUGUCGUUGUAAAAUUGCCGAUUUUGGUCUAAGUCGCGGCUUAGAAGGUUCUAUUGAACAAGAAUAUACUACAAAUGGCGGCAAGAUACCCGUCAGAUGGACGGCGCCUGAGGCAAUAACUCAUCGGAAAUUCACCGCAGCGUCGGAUGUUUGGAGUUUUGGCGUCGUAAUGUGGGAGGUUUGUUCUUUUGGUGAACGACCUUAUUGGGAAUGGACAAAUCAGAAAGUUAUCAGUGAAGUAACACUAGGAUACCGAUUGCCACCUCCAAUGGACACUCCAGUGACUCUUCAUAAUUUAAUGCUUCGAUGUUGGCAUAUUGAUCGACACAAAAGGCCAACAUUUGCUCAAAUUUUGCAAAUUCUCGAAGAAUAUAUUCGUCAUCCGGAUUUAAUCUAUAUAACCGAAUCAAUUCAUAAUGGGAUAAAUAAUUCGGAAAUGUAA